UAAUCUCUUUAUGUAUUUAUUUUUUCUCGACUUUUUUUCACGCGGUUUCGUUUGACGGUCUUUAUAUCUUUUCCGAAUUUUUUUUUCGUCCACCCGGCCCGCGGUUCUUUUCCCUUUUACGCUAUACGAGUUUUGAACUCGGGUCAAUCGAUUGUCUGGCGGAAUGGAAAACGUAAUGAAAUAUUGGAAUGAAAACUGAACAUACCUGCAAUAUACACGAUAUAGCAAAGCAACGUAUACGCGCAUGUAAUGCGUUUACGAAUGGGACGUAUUCGUUGUACGGUAGAGUGAGAUGCGACAACUUCGGAAAUCGAGUGACCAAGUGUUGUUUUAAACAAUAUUAUUUGAGGAGCAGAGGACGCUGUGCUUCGCGAGGCCGGUGCAAGCGUUAUCGCACCUUAUAAACUUAUACGCGUCGCUUUCCGACUUGUGUGCAACGGACACGUUACACACAUGCGGCAGUUGUGAUAUACUUUUCACUCGGAAAACGGGAACUUGGCUCUACUUGCGGCUGCAUGCAACACCAGCUUGUCAUAUACACCGUCUAGCAACAAGUUAUACGGCAACGAGUACGCUAGCGAUAAAGCUCAAGCUUCGCCGUUGUAUGUGGCCGUCGGCUCCGUAAUAGGUGUUCAGCCUUCAAAUGGAUCCAACGGUGCAUGGUGCAGAUCAAAGACGUCGCUGCCAGCGUUGAGCGUUGAGAUUCAACCUAUCAACAGCACCUCGGGAUUUAUGUACUCCGCCACCAUUAGUUCUCGAGGUUUGGGCCUCCUCGAGCUGCUGUGGUUAACUUAGGCAACCGCUUUUUCAUGCAUCCGUGUGGACACAACGACGAACGAGGGAGCUUGCAGCGGUUAGCUACUGCAACAACCACUCGUGUUAGCGACCUCUGCAGGUAGUCUGUAAAUCAUCCUACGGGAUUAUCGUACCGGCUUACAACGUAGUUUGCAAACAUGGCAGCCUCAUCCCAGAAUUAUCGUCGUCCCGUAAAUAUAGAUAGCAAUGGUGGAGGGAUCGGAGUCGGAGGUGGGGGCCAGCAGCAGCAGCAGCAAUACGGAGAGGUUAAUCAGCUGGGUGGUGUCUUCGUGAAUGGAAGACCAUUGCCGAACGCGGUGAGACUGAGGAUCGUCGAAUUGGCGCAACUGGGGAUUCGGCCGUGCGACAUAUCGCGACAGCUCCGGGUCAGCCACGGAUGCGUGAGCAAGAUUUUAGCGCGGUACCACGAGACCGGAAGCAUCCUUCCGGGCGCGAUCGGAGGAAGCAAACCCCGAGUGACCACCCCCAAGGUCGUGCAGUACAUAAAGCAGCUCAAGCUGAAGGACCCGGGAAUUUUCGCGUGGGAAAUCCGGGACCGUUUGCUGUCCGACGGAGUCUGCGACAAGUACAACGUUCCCUCGGUCUCCAGCAUAUCCAGGAUCCUGAGGAACAAGGUUGGCGCCGCGACGUCCACCGCGAUCCAUCACCACCCUCACCACCCUCAUCAUCCGCAUCAUCCUCACCAUCCGGCCCACCACCAUCACCACCACCAUCACCUCUACGCAGCCGCGGCUGCAGCCGGAGCGGCACUUUGCCCCGUGCCUUAUCCUCCGACACCUUAUCACAGUACGGCAUCGGCGGCCACGCAUCAUCAUCAUCAUCAAGUGGGCUUGACGACGCCCCAGUCGUCGAGCAAGAUGCCCCCGUCGCCCCCAACCCCAACGCCAGGCGGUGGUGGUCAUCGUGAACAGUCAAACACGGCGUUGCAGUGGCCAAGUCCUCACACGGUUCACGAUAUACUGGCAAGCAGCGUGCCAACUAUACCGAAUUCCUCGGCGCCGUCUUCCCUCUGCGUGAUCAUCAACAACAACAAUAACAACACCACCAUCAUCACGAGCAACAACAACAACAACAACAACAACGACGACGACGACGGCGACGACGACAACGGCAAUAACAGCAGCAGUAACAAUAAUAACAACAACAACAACAACAAUAAUAUAAGCAACAGCAAUCAUGAACAUCAUAACGGUAACAACAACAACAACAACAACAACAACAACAACAACAACAACCAUAACCACUCUCCGUCAAGUAAUUAUCACAACCACCCUCAUCAACACCACUAUCACCACCAGCAGUAUUACGCCUCGACACUUUACCAUCAUCAUCACCAUCAUCAUCAUCCCGCGGCAACGACUUCGGGCGGACUGCAGGCUGCAGUUAUGAUGCAAUCAUUGAACACCACUCAGCCGGCCAGCCCGUGCAGUUAGUUUCGCGUUAUAACCGAAACUGACGAAUGUUAACGAAUGUGCAAUUAUAUAUAUAUGUCUUUAGACUUUUCUGGAAUAGGUAUUUAGGAUUUACUAUGGAAAUCGAUUUGAAGGGUUGAUUUUUCAACUAACUUUGCGGCGGAUAAACGCUGUGUGACUCGUUAUGAAAACGAAAGUACUCGGUGAUAGGAUUAUAUUUAUGCUCGUUGGACUCGGAAGAAGCAGAAAUUAAUGCCCGAACCUUGGAGCGUUCAAACCCUGAGGCUAGUCUUUUCCUUCAAUCAACGAUCAAGCUGUUCCACGCUGACGUUUACUGCAGUUACUGCACCAUAAUCUGGUUACAGUGAGUGAUGCUUUUUUGCAUAUGGACAAGAGGAAUGUACAGCUUUUGGUAUUAUAGUUACCGGUGUUUUUUUUUUUUUUUUAUAUAUAAUAAAUUAGGUACCUUCAUCAACUCCGGUGUACACGGUAGAUAUUAAAUUUUCUCUAUUCGCAAAUAAUAAUAGAAAUAUAUCAUAUCACGUAUAGACUAUUUAUGAUAACAUUUUACUUAGGAUGCAUGACAGUGGCGGAUAUUGUGACAAGCUGUAUUAUAUAUAUAUAUAUAUAUAAACGUGCAUACGUAGGAUUAAAUCUAUACAUUAUCUAUGUACGGUUUACCUAUGAUAGGAACGGAGCAAUAUAAUUAUUUGUACGAGGCACGAUUGCGGUCGUGUGUUGAUGUGUGACUGUUGUGUGUACAUAGUACAUGAAACGCGUGUGCGCGCAUGUGUGUAUGACGUUGUAUGCGAAUUAUAAUUAUUGAUGACGGUACGAUUAGGUAUAUUUUAUUAUUUAUUGAGUCUGCGAAAUGACGACGGCGCCGCAAUGUAGCUAAAUUGCUGUAGGCAUUAUUUGCGAAUUAUCGCGCAAACCUUAUCGCGUCAUCUAUUGAUGUUCGAUUUAAUAUUCGUUAAUUUAUUUUAAAAACACUUAGUACUACUCGAAUAUUUUAUAGACAGUGCAAGCUGCAACAAUUAAGGUCAACACCAGACGAAUUUAUUACAGUAAUCGUUGUUCAGGUCGACAUAAAUCGCAAGUAUUAUAUACUCUGUAAAGUAAUUUAUUUCCCACUUUUGCAAUAACAUAUUUUUAUAAUAUGCUUGUUGGAUUAGUUCAACAUUCUAUCAAAUUCAUAAUUACCGGUUAUACACCCGCACUGAUUACCUAAUUUGGGUGCAUCUCACGCAAUGCUUUGACACGUUGAAUGCUUGAAAAUCGAAAUAUUGCCUUUGUGAAGUUUGCGUAUAUAUUAUAUACAUGUAGGUAAAUUUAUCGUGGCAAUGCGCGAAUGGCUGAACGAUGUUAUUGUUUCAUGCCGAAUCUAGGCGCGUAUGGUAUAAUUAAGGGAUGAGAUGAAUAAGUUAUGAGUAUUUGUGUCGGAAUCACGUUUUUAUUGUAAAGAAUAAAAUAGGAUUAUUGGUCAAAUGUAAGGCUUAUACGAUAUCAGAAAAAUAAUAUCUAUUAUAAUUGUACAGUAUAAUAAAAUUUCGCAAUUUAAUAUCCUA